CGUGACGAUUUUCUUCUCUCUUCGAUGCCAUGGUACAUAGAUUGCGUGCAAGCGGCUGAGGCCAAUACCGAUGUCGAUCCGAAGCACGAAAUCAUCACCGGACUCAUACCAUCGAUAAUUGAGAAGGUAGUGCUUCCCUUCCUAACAGAUGUGGUAACUUUCGAAUGGGAACCUAUGUCACUGAAGCAGUCGAAACGACUAGGAGCAGUCCUCAGUGGACUCUCUGACUACCCUAAGCUCAAUAUUGACGAUAGUAAAGCAUUUGCGGCUUUGGCAAUCGCUGUGAAAACAAAAAUCAGUCAAGCUAUAGAUGAUGAUCUGUUUGUACCAAUAUAUUCGAAACAAUCCAUAAAAAAUCCAUCGACUGGUUGUGCAGCUUUUCUCGAUCGGCAGUAUUGGGCGGCGAUCAAGGUGGGCAUCCGUGAUGAUUUUGAUAUUUCAACAUCACAUUUGGAUUCUUAUCUUAUUCCUUUUCUGUACAUGUGUCCAAAACCGUUCCAGUUGUAUGGUUCUGAUUGCUGUUCAAAUGUGCCUUUGAACUGA